CUCCAUUGGAACGAAUCAAGUGCCGCAACCAUCAACGACUCAUGCGUCGAGCGGGCACAAGCUUAGCCGUGUUGGCCGACCGGGAGGCCGACGAGAACACGAAUGGCGUCCCUGUUGAAACACCAGACCCGGCCGAGUUUCAACCCCCGCUCGACACGACGGCGCCGCCGCCGUCGAUGCCCAUUUCAACUACUUUCGAGCAGCAGACCGUGCUUUCCAAGCUUCACCAUGUCCGUGCCGUGUUUGAGUACAAAUUUGACGCGGUGCUGUGCACGGUCCGCGGUCAAGUGAUCCUCCUCAUUCUCACUGGAGUCGUCCUCGACUUGACCAUGUCCCCCAUUGCUAUCUUCAUGUCACCCAUGCAGUACAUCGACGCAAUGUACCAGACGCUCCUAGACAUCGUGGACCCAAAGUCGAGCAGCGACGGCGAUGCCGUCCGGCCGGCUGAGCUCAUUGUGUGGACGAACCGGUUUCUCGGUCUCAUCGAGUUUAUCACUGGGUUCAUCUACUUGAACGUGAUCGUCGGGUUCGUCGUCGACUUGAUCUUGAGCAAGAUGGACGCGCUGAAAGAAGGCAAGAUGGUGAUUGUCGAAAGCAACCACACCCUCGUCCUUGGAUGGAACGACAUGUGCCUGUCAUUUCUCCACCAGAUCUGUCUCGCCAACUCGAGCGAAGGCGGUGGCGUUGUCGUGAUCUUGUGCGAUCGCCCACGUCAUGACGUCGAGCGUGAGAUCCAAGAUGCCUUGCCCGACACUCUCAAAACACAGAUCGUUGUGAGCACCGGCAAUCCGCUCAUGGCAGCCGACCUCAAUCGAGUGUCGGCAUCGCUCGCCCGAAGCAUCACAGUCAUGGCGACCAACGCGAAAACGGACGUGUCCGAUGCGGCCGUCCUCCGAACGCUUCUAACCAUUCAAAGCCUCCGUGACGGAGUGCGGGGCCAUGUCGUCGUGGAUGUCGGGGAUCCGGACAAUAACACACUGCUCAAGGUCGUGUCAGCCACCAGUGACAUCGCUGUCGAGACGAUCGUGACACAUCAAAUCCUCGGCCGCCUCAUCGUCAUGUGUUCUCGGUCUCCGUCGCUCGCGAACGUGUACAGCGAGUUACUCGGGUUUGACGGCAACGAAUUCUAUGCGCAAUCAUGGCCUGAUCUGGAAGGACUUACGUUUGGCGAAUUGCCCGAUCGGUUUGCCGACGCCAUCCCAAUCGGCAUCCGGGCCAGCACUGGCAAAGUGUACUUGCGGCCGUCGCGGUCGCGAAGAGUCGAGUUAGGCGACGAGAUCAUCGUGCUGGCAGAAGACAACGACACGUACAAACCUAGCAAGACUUCACUAGCUACGUAUAAUCCGAUGGUGCUCUUGACCAAGGCGCCAGUCAAGCCAGCGCCCCCGACACGCAUCAUGUUGUGUGGGUGGCGUCGGGAGCUACGGGAUAUCUUACGUCUCCUGGAUGGGAUAUCGUCCCCGAACACAGAAGUUCACCUGGUGAAUGCAACUCCAGUGGCGAAGCGCCUUGCCGAUCUCCGGGACGAAGGCCUGAACGUCGACGAGCUGCGACGGAUCAAACUCACGCACACGGUGGCCAACACUGCCGCAAAGCGGCACAUCGAAGACCUCGUGAUUCGAUCGUUUCACUGCAUGCUGGUCUUGAGUGAUGGCGAUCGAGAAGACGACAGUCUGUGCUCCGACUCGCACGUCUUGGCGACCGUGUUGCGUUUACGCGCAGUCGAGCUGAGCCAGUAUGCCCACAUGCCGCUGCAGCGAUUGUCUCUGACGUCCGUCGACCGCACGACGUCGUCAAAAAAGCCACCAGCGAAGGCCGUUCCCCCGAAUCGACGGACACAUUGUGUGGCCGAGAUCCUCGACACGCGGACGCAAAAGACGCUGCGGGACAACACGAGCCUGGCCCACAACGCCGACUUUAUUCCGUCCAACGAUUUCAUCAGCCGCAUGCUUGCAAUGGUGUCCGAGAGCCGAUGGGUCGCCAACAUCCUGGACGAGCUCCUUGGUGACCACGGCGUCAGCUUGGACGUCGUGCCCGCCACGCGGUAUGCCACGUUUGGUGAGCUCGUGAGCUUCGCCGAACUCGCCCAUCGCGCUGGCACCGUGUACGGCGACAUCGUGUGUGGAUUUGUGCACAAGCAAACACUAGCCGUGACUUUGAACCCGCCCAACAAGCAGCACAUCGAGUCUUGGGACGACAACCGAGACAUGAUUGUGUUGAGAGAGGCCGUCCAGCAGCCGAAACUUCUUGGUCAGGUGACGGCAACGCGCCUCCAGCGUCAGGCGGUCCGGGCAUUCAAUGCAAAGGAUGCCCACUUGUUUUCGGACCCACACUUGCUGGAGUUGGCCAAGAAGCGUGCGGCCGCCCUUGCUGAUAUCGAGCAAGCGACGCCCGAUGACAACUGGCCCAGCGAUGAAGAGGACAACGACGUAACCAUCGUGGAAAACAUCGAGUUCAACAAGCCCAAGGCACGACGAAAACGCCCCAAGUCUCCUAAACACCCCGACUGGUCGUGGGACGUCCAGCAGCUCCCCAGCGCCAUCUCGAAACACGAAGAUGAACGGUGUCGCCAUGAUCAAGUGCAGAGCUUUACUCCGUCUGUGCAAGCGGCACUGAAAUCUGGCCUUGACGACGUCAGCUGUCUGCUUGGAGAGUUGAUGGACCUACACCCUAGACCAACCAAAGCCCUGGCGACGUCAUGAUGGCCCAAGGGGACACGAAAGUCCUCGAACGAGUCGUUGGUUUGGUGGAGAAGCCAAAGCGUUGCUGAUACGACAAAAGCGAUGCGCCACACUCACCCAAGUAUAUAACUUAAAAUGGAGAGGAGAAAGUUUCGAGAGAAUUGCUAGUC